GGGAUUGAUGGUGAAAACGGGCAUUAGUCCUACGUAAUACGAGCAUGCGCGCGAGGUGAUUAGUGCGUAUGGGCAGCCUACCGGACCUGACCGAGCGCUCGCGUCCGGCCGCCGGACGCGCCGCUGCCCGGACGGUGUCCGACCCGCACCGGCACCGAGCGAUCAUUGCCCAGAUCCCAGUGAGCACGAUAUGCAAGAAGGAAUGGCCGUGGAAAAAGCCGAAGACGCCGUCAAGAGCUGCAGUGCCUGUCGCGCCGCGCCGGCGGGACUCCGCCACGUCCUCGCUCGGCGCCGCCUCCGUCCGCCGGCUCCUCACCAGACAACCCCCAAAAGUUCCCAAACCUGUCGUCCAGCGAUUCACCCUUCUCUGUCUCUCCAGCGGUCUAUGCGCCACAGCACUCCUCCCGUUCACUGCCUUCGCUGGAGCAGAAGCAGGGGGCAUGCCACUCGCCAUCAUGCAUGCGAUAGCCGCCAUUGUAGCACCCUUCUCGCCACUGAUUCUCCAAAAAACCGGAGUUCGAAUCGUGAUUGCCGCCUCCCACAUCCUAGUAUGUCUCUUACUGACCGCUCACACUGUUGCAACUCCACUGUCAAUUCUACUACCGCUGUAUGGCAUUUGCGGCAUGACUCUCUCUCCCAUGUCACUGGCGCUGUACGUAUCGGCGACAUCGUUGUCGCAAGCGGCUGGCGAUGAGACCAGGAGGAAGAUCGCGCUCAGAAGAGCGUUAAGAGCGCUGAGGGCCGCUCAAGACUUCGGCCUUGUCGUCGGGUCGCUCAUGCUCGGCGGAGCGCUGAUGAUCUGGCCGGAGGACUUGACGCCGCUCGGCCAGCUGACUCCGGCGCCGACGAACGCGUCUGUAAGAUGGCCUCCUUCAGAAGAGUACUUUUUAGAAGAUGAUUAUGAGGAACGGACAUGCGGCGCCGCUGGUUGCCCCAACACCCAGUCGGUGGCCGGCACGUCGCUCAGCGCCGACGGGCGCCGGUGGCUGGUGGCGGCGUGGGCGGCGCUGGCCUUCGCCGCGAUAAGCGCGGGCGUGUACGGCGCCCCAUCGGCGCCGGCGCCGCCGCCCGACUCGCGCUCCACCGUGCGCGACCCGAGGGCCCUGCUAGGAGCGCCUAUGGGUCUGUUCAUUGGACUGCAACAGGGAUUCAUUUAUACUUCUUAUAUUAAGUGGUACGGCGUGUGCGUGGGCGGCUGGUGGUGCGCCUGGCGCGCGCUGGCCGGCGCGGGCGCGUUGCAGGCGCUCGCAGCGGCCACCCUCAGCAUGGCAGCAGCACGGGGGCGGCGGGGCGCGCUGGCGGCCGGCGGCGCGGCGGCGCACGCGUCGCUCCUGCUGGCUCUCCUCCGCUGGCGCGCCGCCCGCACCGACCUGGCGCUUCCCGCCGUGGCCGCUGCUGCCUGGGGCGCCUGCGCCGCGCUCUGGGACGUGCUGCAGGCGCAGCAGGUAACACUAGCGACAGUAGGACCCCGCGGGUGGCGGGCGGCGCACGCGUCGCUCCUGCUGGCGCUGCUCCGCUGGCGCGCCGCCCGCACCGACCUGGCGCUGCCCGCCGUCGCCGCUGCUGCCUGGGGCGCCUGCGCUGCGCUCUGGGACGUGCUGCAGGCGGGCGCGUGCGUGGGCGGCGCAGGCUGGCGCGGCGCGUGGGCGUGGCUGCUGGGCGCGCGGCACGCGGGGCUGGCGCUGGGCUGCGGCGCGCGCCAGCUGCUAUGCGUGCGCGCACAGCUCGCCGCGCUGGCCGUCGCGCUGCCUGCCGCGUUGGCUGCACACGCCGCGCUCGAGCUUAGGCAGAGGAGAGAACGUCAGAUGACCAUGACGCUGCCCGCCGCGCUGGCCGCGCACGCCGCGCUCGAACUUAGGCAGAGGAGACGUAAGAUAGCUUGUCUUCGCGAGGCGCUACUGCUACGCUAG